UCCGUUGAAAACUGAUACAGGGUUGACGCCAUCACUAACAUGAUAACAUCUUAAAAUGUGAAACCUUAAGGAUAUUUAUGGGUUUUUUUUGGAAAUUUUCUGUAUCGUUUAUAUAUUCUCGCUAUCUGAGAAGUGGGUGUGUUUCAGACAGACCCCGGAAAGUGGCCGUCAUGAGACCAAACACUCAGUUUAUUAACGUCAUGUACAAGUUAGCUAGCUAUUUGUUUUUAAAUGAUGCAUUGUAGCCGACAUGGGACAACAACCGUCUUGUAAUUUGGAGGCAGCAAAUAAUUUUGGCCUACGUGCGGCAAUUCUUGUGGAAAAGACCACCCAGAGCUUAGCUUGACCAGCUUCCUAUGCCUGAAGACUUGAGCAGUGAUGAGGAGAAAAGCAGAAUAAUAAUGCACACCCAGAGGGUAAAUGUUGGGAAUGUGGCAAAAUAAAAAUCAGCUCAAUAGCAUGCUGGAUUUCACACUCACAAAAGCUACAGCAUAAAAGCCUCCUUCCACAUCUGCAAGACUACUUCCCAAAACCUCACAUCCCUCUUUUCACUCCUGGACAAUGCACACUUGCCAGCAGUCUGUCAGUGACAUGUAGGACCUGAAUAAUCAUGCAGGGGCCCAUUGCAAGGGCAAGGGCUCAGAGCAAUUUCAAGAAGCUCCCUCUUUGAUUUCUGUGCUCAAAAAUUAGAAUAGUGGCAACUUUUACAAUCAAGUGCCAACACUUUGAAGCACAGAAUCAAUACUGCAUGUGUCUUUGUCAGAGAUGAGGCAUCGAAAAAGAGUCAGGAUGAAGCCUGAGGUAUCUGGAAACAGUGUGGAGUAUAUAGUGGGUGAAGAUGAUGAUAUGGAUUCAAGUAGCUCAGAGCUAGAGGAUAAAGGGAGGAAAUGGUCUAAACCUGUUGGAAACUGUAGAGAUGAUCCAGAAUCUGACAGUGGCUCAAGUUCAACUGAUGACUCCAGUGACUCUUCUCAUGAUCUGCAACCUAAACCAACCCCUGCUAUCCUUAAUAAAAAUAAAAACUCCAUCUGUGAAACUUGUGGCAGAGGCCCCUUUCGGUCACUUAAACUGCAUUUACUGCACUGCAGUGGUGUGAGACUGGAAUAUCAAUGUUUCCUUUGUAAGGAGUUUUUUAUGACUGAGAAGUCGCUAAAUGAACAUUACAUGUCUUUGUAUUCCUGCAACAUCUGUGGACAAGUUUUCUCCCAUGAGAGCAUGUACAGUCAGCACCGAUGCCCCAAAAGAAGCAAACCCCCUUUGGUCCUGUUUUGUGCUGAGACAAUGCCACAAGUGUGUAACAUAUGCAAAUCUUUUUUCACUUCUGAGAGAACUUUACAAAACCACGUCAACAGGGUUCACAUGUCAGUGGUGCGUACCAAAGUGUGUGUUCUUCUCAAGCCAUCACCUGUGACAGAUAAGAAGGUUAUGCCAGUAGCUCAGACAGCCACUCUGAAUGCUUUCAACCAGGUUGUAAAUGGAAAGCUUUAUGAUGGCCAAGCUUCAGCUUCAAGCCGAUCAACCCCCUCCUUUCACCCUGGUCCACCUCAUGCUGUAAGUGACACUGGUCAAAGUCUUCCUCUCACAGCACUCCAACCGGACACAGCUCCAUCUCCUGCAGCCUCUGGUCCAGUCUCCCCACAGUCGCCCACUAUUUUAGCCAUGUUUGAAAACGACAGCAAGGACAUGGCUUUGUUGAAACGCAUGAACACAGGCUGGCGCUCCAAAGCCCCUCUUACUUGCAGGCAGUGUGGCGCCAUCUUCCGACAGCCUUCCCUCAUCAUCACCCACCGCUACUUGCACCAAGGCCGCCGCUUACAUCGAUGCCAGUGUGGCAGAAGCUUCAAGCACCGUCUACACCUCCUGAGGCAUUGUGUUCAGCACGCAGAAAGUAUGAGCUAUAUCUGUGUGAGCUGUGGAGAGACUUUCAUUGGAGCAACAGUUUUAGCCAGACACAUAAAAGGCAAGUCCAGGAAGAAGUCAGGCUCUGGACGUACAUGGAAAUGUAAAGUAAAAGGAAAAUGCAGAAUGCCUUUUAAAUGUGACUGUGGACAACUGUUUUUUAGACCUUCUGCUUUCAUAUGGCACCAACUUAAAAACAGGAUGAAAACAAAAUCUUUGAAAAAGUGCUUAAAAUGACAAACAUAUCUCUGCUUUAUUCAAAGUUUAAAAUUCUCCUUUCUGACUUUGCUCACUGCACUAUAAAUCAAGUAAAGUCAAAAAGGAGUCAUCACAUUUGUCCUGUGUUUGUUAAAGUUUUGGAUUACCAUCAACAAAACCAAAUAAACAGACAUCAGUUCUUAAUGGGUUUUAAUUAUUAGCAUGUCCAAGAGAGCUGUUGAAGUUCUUUUACUGUGUGCAAAAAUACAAAACAAACAAGGUCAAAGCUAUUUUCUCAUUUGACAUUGUAUGUAAAUAUUUUAUAUUUUCCAUAAAAAGCUCCAGUUUAUCCUCCAGAGGAGAGAGAGUCCAGUUUCACACUUUUGUGUCUCACAAAGUGCUUUCAUGACAGUGCGGCCUGUUUUAUUUUUUAAUUUUUAAUUGAUUUAUUUUUUUAUUUAAAUUUGGCUUCCCUACAGUUGAUAUAGAUUUUUACUCCUGGGUCAAUUGAGAAGUCUUUUAAAGUGGAAAAUAGCCUCUGACUUUUAUAUGGUUGUCUUUGGACUUUAGGACUUAAAUUUCAACUGUCUUCAAAAUGGUAGUCUUCUUAAUUUGUAUCCAGUAGAUGGAGCUGUUGGGUUACUAAAAACAUCAUCACCAGGCAUCUCACACUCAGUUAUUUUCAGAACAGGUGUAAACUGGUGGAUAAUAAACGAAAAUACAGACAUGCAUUUAUGCUGAUAUACCAUUCACACCCGAGGACUUCUAACGUGAAAUAAAGUUUUGACUGAAAAUACUUACAUGAUCUUUAGUUUCUUCUCUAUGCAGAGCAUCAAGACACAUAAUUCCAUUCAUAACUCAACAGGCAGGGUUAGGGAAAAAGCAAAGCAAUGACAAAUCAUUAGACAUUAUAUAAUAUUCACAAAUUAUAAUAGCAAAAUCAUCUUGGCAAUCAUUAGCUGAAACAUCUACUUGUGAAACUGAAGACUUAAGAGGUUUUUAUAAAUAUGGAGGCCCUUGGGGGACAUGGGUUUUCAAAAAAACAAGUGCACAUCAGAAACUUAUGCCUGAUCAUGAGAACAUUUCUGAUGUUGAUAGUAAAGAUUUUACAGUUCAUGAUAACAGCCUAGGGUAGGUAGAAGAUCUUUUUUGUGUACAUAUGAACGUUUUGCAUGCACAUGUGAAAGUCAUAGAUACAAUACUGUGCUGAGGUUUUGGGCAUGUGGGGCACUAAGGAUUCCUCACAGGCCAGAUGUGUCACAACCUGGGGAUGGAUAGGGGAGUGGGGGGCUGCCAGAGUCAAGUUCAACACAUGUCAACAUACACCUGUGUCAUUGGCAGCUAAGGUCAAGCUCAACAACAUUUCUUUAGUCCAGGCCUCUUCUUUCCUUGUGAUACGCCCGGACACCUUUGGCAGUUUUUGUGCUUUCUGGCCUCCACAGCAUGACCAGGGGCUCAUGGCUACCCUAUCACCCACUAGGACAGUAGCCAAGGCCAAGUUUACCUGCCACAUCUGCACCUAACUCUGCUCUAAUGUGUAGAAUUUGCUUUUCUCCCCCACCAAAUUAUUCUCUCAUGCCUCUGGAAGCAUGCAAGGACGUCCAGAGCAUGACUGGGUUUGUGUCAGUCCUCAUUUCUGCCUGAUAGUGCCUUCACGCAGCUUACUUGCCAAAUCUGCACCUUAUUGCAUCCUCAGUUUUUGGCCCAAACAUGCUUAAAACUUCAGCAUUGUAUCUAUGGCUCACAGAGAUGGCAAACGACCGUCAAGCUAAUCCUAAGAAAUGGCAGAAACUAUAUAAUACACACAAAUUUUCUUGAUCUUUGCUUGAUUUCUGUUGUAGAGUCCUGACAGCAGAUAAGCGAUGUAACAUGACUUGGCAUAAUUGUUUUUUUUCCCAUUCCUAUUUACCUCUCUUUUGCUCACAUUGAGUUGAGUGAGGAACAAGGAAAGAGGUAGAUGACAAGGCAUCAGGAGUGUCAGACAGGAUUUUUUUCUGGAUUUUCUUUCCUUUACCUAAAUCAACAGAGCUUGUGAGCUUGCUUUACAAAGUGGAGACAGUUGUGCAUUAAUAAUUGCCAUAUCCAUGGUUGAAAUGUUAUGAUCUGACUUGUGUCAACCCCCUUUAACCCUUUGUAAACACUGCAUUGCACUAUUAGCACUUUAAAAAGUUUGACUGUAAACUGAUAAUAUUACAGAUGUAUUGAAAACAAAAGACUUUUGCUUGUAAUUUCACAGUGUGGUUAGACUACUAUUACUUCUACCCCUGGUGUAUGUUGAAGCACAAAGAAUAGCAAGUGCAAGCAAGUUAAAGCUCAGUCAUUCAAAGAGGAAGUAAUAUGGGAACACAAUCUAGAAAUGCCAUGGUCUUGAAGAAUGGAACAACAUUCCUCCCACAAAACUCCAGCAACUGGUCUUACUUGCGAGAUGUUUACAGACUGUUGUCAAAAGAGGGGGAGCGACACAGUGGUAAACAUGGCCCUGUCCCUACUUUUUCAGAUUGUUGCUGCCC